CCGCGCUGUAGUUCUGCGAUGUGACGUUGGACCCUUGUCUUUGGUUUGUGUGCGCGCAGCGGGACUACACUACCCAGAGUGCACCGCAGCUCACUCACUGUAAACACGACAGGACGAAGUGAUCAAUGAUCUUGUUUGUGCGGUACAACCUGGGCCCAGGUGAGGUGCUGGAGCUGCAGGAGGAGGCGAGUGUGUCUGAGCUGAAGGAGGCAGUGGGAUGUCAACAUGGAGUCCGACCACAGGAGCUCAAGGUUCUGUUUGCUGGGAAGGAACUUCAGAGCACCGCCACACUGCAGGGUUGUGAUGUCCCGGAGCAGAGCACAAUCCAUGUCGUCCUCUCGUCUUCAGACUCCUCGUCCUCCAGGUUUCUCCUCUCAGAGGAGUGUCAAGUUGAGGAGGAGGGGCAGAGACCAGACAUCAGCUCCUCCUCUCUCGUCCACUCCUCGUCCACUGACCUGGAGGGGAGGGGGGGGGUGGAAGAGGACGAGAUAGAGGAGACGCAGGCUGCAGCUCAGAGAGGUGUGCGUGCCUGCAGUACUUUCUUUGUGUACUGUAAAAGCUGCAGUUCAGUCCAACCAGGGAAACUACGAGUUCGCUGUCGACGCUGCAAAGAGACUACGCUGAAACUGAGCAGAGGUCCGUCUUGUUGGGACGACAUCCUGCUCCCGGGUCGAAUCCAUGGAUUAUGUCAAUCAGAUGGUUGUCAAUGCAAGGAAGCGGAGUUCUUCAUGAAGUGUGCGUCCCAUCCGACCUCUGAUGAUGACCUCUCUGUUGCCCUUGACCUCAUCAUGACCAACACCAGAGACGUGCCCUGCAUCGCCUGCACCGACGUCAUGGAGGUGGUCGUGGUCUUCCCGUGUUCUCAGCGUCAUGUGGUCUGUCUGGACUGUUUCACACGUUACUGUGAGACUCGACUGAACGAGCGACAGUUUGUUCAUGACGCUGUGAUUGGUUACUCUCUGCCAUGUGCAGCUUCCUGUGACGACUCUCUGAUUAAAGAGCUCCAUCACUUCAGAGUUUUAGGAGACGAGCAGUAUGGGCGGUACCUGCAGUACGGUGCCGAGGAGUGCCUGCUGAGGAUUGGAGGACUGAUGUGUCCGUCAGCAGGCUGUGGGGCAGGGCUUCUCCCAGCUGAUGGCGGCAGGAGGGUGGAGUGUGACAGACGGGUUGGCUGCGGCCUCAUCUUCUGUAGAGACUGCAGGGAGCCAUACCACGAAGGCGUCUGUCAAACCCUGACGGCCCCGCCCACUGUUGAAGCCUCACAGGGUUUUAUGGUGGGGGAGGGUGCGUCUGUGAGAGGGAUGUGGGAUCGAUCGUCUCUGCUGCUCAUCCAGGAGUCCACUAAACCCUGCCCCCAGUGCUCGGUCCCUGUAGAGAAAAACGGCGGCUGCAUGCACAUGCAGUGUCCUCUGUGCAGAGCUGAGUGGUGCUGGAGCUGUGAACGCCCCUGGUCCCGAGAGUGUAUGGAAAACCACUGGUUCGCCUAAACACACACUUGUUGCGGAGAGACACUUCAGCAGGAGGCAGAGCUGAACCAGCUGAUUAAACAGACAAAAAGCCUCUAUAGAAAUGUUAAACAUAAUUAUUUAAUAAUAUUUUACUGUACAAUGCUCCUGGGCGACCGUCAGCACCUGUGAAUAUUAGCUGUGAAUUUGUUUUCAAACUGUAUUUGGUUCAUUUCUAUAUGAAUACAUUUAUUUCCUGGUCGGAGCGUCGGAUCAGGUGAUGUAGGUUCUGAUUCUUUUGUUAACCACAUGACCUGACGCUGCUUUCCAUUGGUUGCUGCAGAUUUCCAACAGGACGCAGCUAAUGGCAUAAAACAGUUGCCACAGUCAAAGACACAAUGUGGCUGCAUGUUCGUUGCAGGCCACAGGACAUGUUUUCUGUUCUGUGGUUUGUGUUGAGUCUGGCUUCAGUUUGUUGUGUGUGUUUGUUUAUUUUGACUAGUUUGGACGUGUAUUUACAUGUUUAUUUGAAUUAUAUUGAGUAUACGCAGUAAGUCGUUAAAGAUUCUGCUUUUCGUCCAAAAUCCUGCAGUACGUUUUAUAUUCAGAAUUUAAAAUCCUCGUCCUGAUCCUGAUGCUGGAAAAUGAUCACAACAAGACUUCUUGAUACACAACAUGUCUCCUCACAUCUUCUACGAUCACUGACAGGAACUCCUCAGUUCAUCUGCUCCUGCAUCUCCAUCAGACUUUAUGUAGAAAUACUUUAAACAUGAUGCUACAAACUGUUUCAAAUAAAGAAAUAAAAUGUGA